ACUUCGUCGCGAGCGGUCUGCCAGUGGCGAACGGUUCCGGAGCAUUUUGUUGUUGUUGUACAGCGGAUGUGCAGUACUAGUUCCAUUGUAGUGAACCAGGACCAGUAUCAUUUUGACAACUUUCCCGGGUGUUUAUUUUUCAUUUGAGUCAAUUGGAUGACAGAUUUGAUGUUUUCAAAUUGAUUGGAUAGCCAAAUGUAGUGAAGUGUGAAGUGAUCGAAUCUGUUUCCGUUUGUGGUUUAAACGCGACGAUUGUUGACAGUGAUAAAAAACCCGCGAAAAAGAACGUACUCCGACAAUUCUGUUUAGUAAAUUAUUCAGAAAAAAAAGUGGAUAAACGGAAAAACCGACUCCGGUAACUAUGCUAAUGGGUUCAAUUUAGGAUGAAGCAUGGUGUGAAAUAAGUCAAUGGAGAAAAUUGUGAAGUAAACCAGAAACCGACAAAGUUACAGUCGUAAAGUUCAAAACAAAAGCAUGGAGGCAUCUUCCGGACGGUCAACUUGAGUGUAGGUGAAAAAGUUUUGAUCAAAUAAAGCGCCGGCUUUUAGAAGUCAAGAAAUGAUUUUUUAUUUCGAAAUCAAGUUUCAGUUAAUGGUGUUUAGAAAGACAAUUCCAGUGAUAAAUGUGAUAAACGAAAGGAAAAGUAAUUGGUGAACCAUCAAACUCGUUUUAGUAAAAUCCAUGGAUACAGAUGUUGAAAUAAACAAAAAUAAAACGAAAAAAAAGGAAAUCACUCUGUUAGUCACUGGAGACGCCGUUAGUGUGAAACCGCUUUGAGAGUAUAAUGUCGGUAAAUUAAUCAAUCAUUCUCUAGUGGCCCGCCAGAUUCAAUCUGGCAGGUUGUGAGGUUGUGUGAGUGUGUGUGUGUGCCGAAACGUGAAUCUUAACAGCUACCGGAUCGGAUUAAAGUGGAUCAGAAUUGAGUAGCGUCUAAUUGAAUUAGGCCAGCUUGUCUCCUCGUUUAAAAUGGACGUUGAGAUGUGAAUUGUAGCUGGCAGGACGUCCGGAGGGAACUGAGUGCACUACAUUUCGUGCGCGAGAAUCGUUGACGGCGUUCGACGAAACCGUGUAAAUCAAUCAGCACAAGUGUUAGUUUUGGAUUUAAAAGUGCAUCUUGCAAUAACGUUGCACACCCGUUGAUGCACACCAGCUGGAUCUGGUUUGGUGUGACGCUGCGUGAGAGCUGAGAAGAUCGUUUUUUUUUUGCUCGUUCGCAUUUCAUUCUUUGGCCAGGAGGACACUGUGCGCAGCGGGAAAAUUCGCCACACUAUCCAACCGGUCUCGCAAAUUACCCAAUAGAGACCAAUCUCAGACUGUAAUACAUAGUCAAACGAGGCUGCACCUCGAUUCAUAAAGGAUGGCGAUACGCAUAAUUAAAUGCUUCACGGUGACAAGUUGAACAGCCACUGAGCGAGAACCACAGGACCGCUAUCGCGUCCAAGAGAGCCCUGACUGUGAAGGAACGAUCAAAAAUGUCAUCGCUAAAAUUCAUCGACUACAUGAACAUCAGCUCCUUGAGUAUGAUGGGGCUCUUCAACGCCAGCCUGAAUUAUAUGAACACGACCAACGAAAUUGGUGUUAGCGGGCCCGGUGGGGUGUCCACCAGCUUUGUGCCGCUCGCUGGGGUGUCAGCCUCCCAGCCAGGUUAUCGUGUCAACAAUAACAUUCUACUUGGCAAUAAUAGUAGUACCAACAGUAAUAGCAACGUCAGUCUUGUGGGUAAUUUCAGUGCCAACAGUUUGCUCGUUAAUUCGUCACCGCCGACGUCGCUUUUCAGUCUGAACGGAACCGCGCUGGAUCUGAGCCUAGCCGGAAGUGGAAGCGGUGUCGGAACGGAAAACUUUAGUUUCCCCUCGAACAACUUCGUACAGAAAGAGUUUAUAUUUGAUCGGACCGAUGUGAGAGUGAUUUUCAUUACGCUUUACUCGCUGGUGUUUUGCUGUUGUUUCUUCGGAAAUUUGCUCGUCAUCCUAGUGGUGACGAUGUCGCGGAGGCUGCGUUCAAUCACGAACUUUUUCCUAGCGAACCUGGCAGUGGCUGAUCUGUGUGUUGGCGUGUUUUGCGUAAUGCAAAAUCUGACUAUCUACUUAAUCGAAAGUUGGGUGUUCGGUGACUUCCUGUGCAAAAUGUACCAGUUCGUUCAUUCGCUGAGCUACACGGCCUCGAUAUUCAUCCUGGUGGUUAUUUGCAUGGAACGGUACUUCGCCAUCAUUCAUCCCAUCACCUGUAAGCAAAUAUUGACCUCCAGAAGAUUGCGGCUGGUGAUAGUGGCCGUGUGGAUCACAUCGGCCGUGUACUCGGUGCCAAAGUUCAUCUUUGUUCGAACGAUUACCAACAACCUCGGGAACGACCAGUUGGAAACCAUAUGUAUUAUCGAUCGGAAAGCAUUCAACUCGGAGCUAUUCGAUAUCAUUAAUUUUGCCUUACUCUAUCUGUUGCCGCUGCUAGUCAUGACGGUCCUGUAUAGUCGAAUAGCGAUAGCCCUGUGGAAAAGCUCACGGGGAUUGGAGCGACAUAUUGCCCUGCAGAACACCACUUCCUCUAACUAUUCCGCCAACUACAACCGGAAGCCCAGCCAAAAAUACGAAAAGCGAGCAGCAGGAGUCACCGAAAGUCAGGUUUCCGUUGAAUCGGACAAAGUAGUUGUGACAACUUGGCGAUCACAGAACAGCUUCCACCAGCGCCACGGCACCCAGCUGACGCAGAUGUCGCACUCUUCGAACAAUGUGCUGCGAGCCCGCCGAGGGGUCAUCCGGAUGUUGAUGGUUGUAGUGCUAACGUUUGCCCUCUGCAAUCUACCCUUCCAUGCGCGGAAAAUGUGGCAGUACUGGUCAACCGACUACAGAGGAGACUCCAAUUUCAACGCUUUGUUCACUCCACUUACCUUCCUGGUGACGUACUUUAAUUCGGGUGUUAAUCCACUGCUGUACGCUUUCCUCAGCCGGAACUUCCGCAAGGGAAUGCGAGAACUGCUGCUCUGUUCACUGAAGAAGAACAAAAACCACUCCCUGAAUCAGCGGAUUCCGAUGCAUAACCAUUCCUUACCGACCGAUUCAACCCAUGUAGGAUUUCCACAAUGAUGCUACGACCUGAUCGUGUGCUGCCGGUGUGGCACCGGCCGUUGGAACCCAUUGGUUUGGUGGGACGACCACCAGCGCCGCCACCGGAC